AUGGAUAAUUUGGAUAAUACAUCGUCGUACGGUGACUACAAAUUUGUGGGUCGCGUGGAUCACGUGAAGACCUUCAACGCCGCCAUCAAGUCGAUUUGCUUCAAUGAUUAUGGCAUGCUUCAAGUCUCCGACGAAGGACUGCGUAUCACGGUGGAGCAGGGCAGGUCGAUCCAAGCCACUCUCUUUAUGCCCCCAGGCGCCUUCAAGGAGUUCUACGUGCAGGACUUUCAAAGCUUUGGCUUGAAAAUGAACGUCCUCUCGGAAUGUCUAAACGUAUUUGGUUCGGCCGAUUGCAGCGUCCGAAUGAUGUACAAGGACCAGGGCGAGUCCCUGCAAAUUAUUCUGUACCCGUACGACGAUGAAGAUGUGAGCACAGAGUGCGCCAUCAAGACAAUGGACUGCGAGGAGCCCAUCAACUAUGACAUGAACCUGAAGGGCCCAGAUCUGAACGUUAUUUUCAUUCGUGGUCCAAACUUGUACAAGAUCUUCCAUGAACUGGAUAAGUCAGCGGAUGAAUUCGAGUUCAUCACUUCGCCCAAUAGUCCGCACUUCAAAAUUACCACCAUUGGCAUCAUGCAGGCGGUGAUGAGCGUGGAGGUGGCCAAAACCAGCACCAUGAUGAUGAUGUUCAACUGCCGCCAGACUGUGGUGGCCAGAUAUAAAAGCCAGCAAAUACGGCUCGCGAAUAAGGCCAUGCAGGCGGCCACCAAGGUGGCCAUCAAAACCAAUUCCAUCGGCCUCCUGGAGCUGCAUCUCGUGAUGCAAGGAGAGGGUCAGGAAGAAAUCUUUGUACAGUUUUAUAUCAUUCCCUUGCUAAAUAGUGUCGACUAGAAUCGCAGGCAUAAGCAGCAUAUGCCAAAAUCAACAAGAGUUCCAUACUGCUACUGAUUUACAAUCCUCUUGGGUUUCCUAUAGCAACUUUAAGCAGCAGUUUACCCUGUCAGAGGUGAAAAAGUCACUCAGGAAAACAUUUCAUUUCUAAUCUAGCUACUUUUCGUAUUAUUCAUAAUUGAUCGAUACAUCUACUUUAUGAUAAGAUUUCCGACUUUAACCACAUUCGGUCCUCAAAUUAACAACUGCGUUUUGCAAUCUAGUUCCUUAGAGAUAAUUUGACCUUAAACUUAGCCAAAAAGGAUUAUAAUUGGAUGACUUUAUCACAUUGUUGGUAUAAGAGUAGCGCUGGGACUGAUCGUGGUGCACCUGAUGCUGCGUCCCAUCUACGUGUAUCUCACCUGGUACUGGCGCAAGAGGGGCUUAGUCACGGCCCGUCUGCUCACUCUAUUGGGCACCUAUCCGGGACUGCUGACGAGGCAGAGCAAUUUGGUGGAGGAUGUGCAGAAGGUUUACGAGUGAGUUGUUGACCAACUAUUUGACGGUUCAGGUUACGGAGCACAACAAUCUCCUUGAGACCAGAGAUGUGAGUAGAGCUAAAAUACACGAACCCCAUAUACGUAGGAUCCCGUUCGGUGUCUCUACUUUCUCAGCCCCAGGAGGAUCCAAAUAAGGCGCAGCAGAUGGCAGAGUAUAUAAGUUUUUUUAAGGUUUAAAGUGAAAAGUGCUUACUGGAAAUGAAAUGUUUUCUUUGUAGUAUUUAGUUGUGAUUUUGUACUAUAGAAAUAAAGAGCACCCCCGCCACAGGCAGACCGAACUAAAAAACCCAAAAGGAGAAAAGGGAAACGAGACAACGUCGCUUCAUUGCGACUCAUAAGUAAACAUAUUCAACAAAAUAGGUGCGCAUAUUAAAAAUAUAUAUUUCGAGUUACAAGAGUCGAAUAGCUUCUUGUACUGGAAUUUAUUUUCUUGUA